GCUGGUUUUGAUAUGCAUCAAACGUUUUGUCGUAUAAUUUAAUUUACCAUUCUACUUCAAUGUGGAAUAAAGGAUGCAAUUUAAAAAGCCAUUACUAGCUUAAAUCGCAAUAUACUUAAAGUUAAAACGCCUUUGUGCGCUAAUUCGGAUUAAGAUAAAAUGUGCCACGAGCUCUCGUAAUUUCCUCGACGUCCUGACCGAUUUCAUUCAGAAAUUCUACGGUUCGUAAACUUUUAAUAGACCAAAACUGAUACAAAUCUACCCAGAUUUCUAAAACCCUGAAGAGAAAACAGGAAUUGGUUUUCAAUAAGAAAAUAUCGGUUUUAAACGCACUAGCUCACCAUCAUGCACCUUCAUUGUAAUAAUGGCACGAUUAACUCUUCACUUAUUUGUCAUUGUUCACAAGCUAAUUAGUUCACGCUAGAAGCAUUACCAAAACGACAAAAGUACUUUCGAGCACAUAUCAGUGACAACAACCGUUGAAAACGCACAAGAAGUAAGCCAGUGAAAAAUGUCCCCGAGAGCAUCAUCCUCAGAUUUUGGUUUAUACAAGGAAAAGCUCAAAGAAAAUAAACUGAGAUCGAUCAAAUUCAUCUUCAUCAUAAUCACCACAGUGCCCUUUUUGCUCCUGAUUUUGUACGGUGUGUCCACACUCCUAAACCGGGAACCAGAAAUCGAGUCAACAAUCGAGAAACCGUCCCCGAACGCCGAAAAACUGGUCGUAGCCCAGUCCAUCCAGCGGGAAUUUUACCAGAACUCACCCCCGAAGCCCUUCGGGGUGACGUUCCGCGGACAGCCGCCGGCGGAAUUCACAUCAACGACCGAGAAAAUCACCACUUUGCACUACCCCCAGCUCGACUACCGCCACAGGCAGCACCCCAACAACAUCCAGGAAGUCAUAGGCUACGGGGGCCGGUUCCACCCCCGGUACACGCAGUCCCAAAGCCGGAACGUGCCCCAGAACCAGAGAACUACGCGAAACUUCAGCCUCGACGAAAACGACCCGUUUUACUCGUACAAGCCCCAAGAACCGGGCGAUGUCAACCUCUUAGCCACCUCCAGUUUGAGAUUUGCUCCCCCGAUUUGGAGCAAUCUCAAGCCAAAGACGCAAAUUCCCAGAGCCUAUUUCCCGCAGGAAAACACGCAUCGGCAGGAGGUUUACAACCCUAACAAACCGCUGAGGGUGACUUUGAACGUUUAUCCAAAUGAGAUUGAGAAACAAGGGUUGAGGCAAUUUAUAAACCACAGGAUCGAGAACUUGCAGUCGAAGAUACGGUUUCCUGAAGCUAAGCACAAGAAGAUGGUCAUUCAUUUGAACUUGUAUCCGGAUGAUUUCAGACAGGGGGAGAGCAAAAUGUAUCGAAAUGUUCUAACAACCCCAGCACAAUAAAUUGAUUAAUUAUCUACAA